GCUUCGCUGGCCGGAAUAAGAGCGGAAAGAAGCAAGACCUGCAGCAAAGAGCACUCGAACUCCUUCGGGUGAGAUCGACGCCUAUCAUUGUGAAGAUCAAGGAGCUCCAUAGACGCAGCGCUGGCCGCUACGCGUCUGAGAUGGAUAAUGUCAUGGCGCGAUCGAACACGCUAGGCAUAACGCCCCACGGUGUGCUCGAAUCGCCGCCUCCGUCGACCGGCUUGGGGACCAUCCCACAGAGUCGGAUCUGCGCAGUUCCUCCGAUGAAGCGCGAUGACCCUCCGACCUCGCAACAACAGAACGGCAUGAGCUUCUUGCAUAGACAGGGGAGUCUGGCUUCAUCGUCGGAUCCCCUCUUCCCAGUUCUAGGUGCCGGCAUUUACAAUUUCCCGCUGCCCCAGGUCCCGCUCGGUGGCAACUCACAACUACUGAACCAAUAUCCGAUACAUCCGGAUGUAAAAUUGAAGAGUCUACCGUUCUACGAGCAGAUCGCCGAAAUCCUGAAACCUACGUCGUUACAGCAGAAUAUUCCUCAGCCGCCCCAGCAUCAGAAUCAACAGACUCCAAGAUGCAAGGAGGCAGAAUUCGCUUUCCAUAUGACGCCCCAUCAGGUACACGUCUUGUUGAUGUCGAAAGACUACAAACCAGGCGAAGCAGCCGUUCAACUCCAGCUUCGUUUCUGCGCGCUCGAUUCAACUGUGCCUCAGGAUGAUGCUUUCCCCCCCGGACUCAAUGUGAAGGUCAACAAUAGGAUCUUGACCCUCCCUAACGCUAUUCCGACGAAUAAACCCGGCGUAGAACCGAAACGGCCCCCCAAGCCAUUGAACAUCACAACCCUUUGUCACACGAACACAAAUCUUCCAAACAAACUCCACGUUACUUGGAAUCACGAAUACGGAAAGGCUUUCGUUUGCGCCGUCUACCUCGUCCAAAGACACAACGCCAACGCCCUUCUGGAAAAGCUGAAGAAACGGGGGAAAUUACCGGCGGAAACAACGAAAACAAUGAUCAAGAAGAAGCUUUCGUCAGACGCCGAUGAUGAUUUGUGUCUAACGUCGAUACGGGUGACGCUGGUCUGUCCCUUGGGACAGUGUCGUGUCCAAAUUCCUUGUCGUCCCGCCGGUUGCUCGCACAUCAAUUGUUUCGAUGCCUCAUUCUACCUCAUGAUGAAUGAGAAAAAACCGACCUGGAUUUGCGCAGUGUGUGAUAAGAAUAUCUUGUUUGAGGAUCUAUAUCUCGAUGCGUACAUGGAAGAGGUCUGCCGCAAUGCACCGCCUGACUGCCGCGAGGUGGAAUUCACCGAGGACGGCAGUUGGGUACCCGUGAUGGAGGAGAAGGAGGAUUCUAAGAAGCGGAAGCGACAAGCGAGCGACUCGGAUGAUUCGGAUGCUGAGAGAGAAGCCCGCAAGAAAGAUCAGAAGAAAGAAAAAGAGGUGAUGAUCGACUUGACGGAAUGUACCGACGAAGAAGACAACGUGCCCCCUCCUCCAGUCAUUUCGAGAGCGGCAUCGGCGACAGCGACAGCUAGCAAUGGUCAGAGAGCGCCACACGCGUCGUCGAGUAGCACGGGAAGUUCUAGCAGUAGUCAGCUGCAUUCACGGCAAGCGUAUUCGACGAAUUUGAUAGGACAGCAGCACCAGCAUCACUCGCAACACCAACAGCAACAUACACAGCACCAGCUACAGCAACAACAACAGCAUCAUCAACAUCAACAGCAAAGUAGCUCAACAUCGUCGGCUUCGCAAGGAAGCGCGGGGUCAUCGAGUGCGAGCUCAAGAAAUUUGGCCCAGAAUCUUUCAACGACAUCGAGGGCAUGGCCGAGCACCUACUCUGCAGCUGUUGCCGCGGCUUCUAGCGCAGCUAAUAAUUCCGGAUACUACGGAUCGGGAUUUCCCGCGGAAUACUUUAACCAUUCGGGGGUCGGUGCCAAUACUUCUUCCUCAUCCGUCCCGCAGAACAUAUACAACCCGCAUCCGACGUCUUACGCAUCCUAUGACAUAUUCCAAUUGCUUGUGGAAGAUCGCAACCAAAUGCAGCCUCGGCAGAACCCAUCAGGAAGUGGGGGUCCUAGGAACGUUAUCAACUUGGACUGACAUCGUCAUUCCACGAAAUCGAACGUUCAAGCGGAACUCCGUAGCUACAAUGUCGUUCCGAAAACUUCU